AUGGCCGUCGGUACCGACACCAAAACAGCGACGCAGCUUGGUGAUGCCAUUGUGGCAUUUGCGCUGCAGGGCGAAUUUCCCGACGAGGGCGUGUCGUCCCUCUCGCUUGCCGAAGGCGACCUCUCCCCAGCCAUCGAGGCUCUGGCGAGGGCCAAGGGCCAGCUCGAGUCUGAGAUACACAUCAUCAACGAGGAAACGAAGGGCGACGUGAGCUCGUGGGUCCGAAACGCGAAGACGCUGCAGGAAGACAUUCUCCGAUCCAAACGACUAGCAGACGACAUUGUCCGACAAUCAGAGGCUCCCGAUGUUUCCGGCAAGACGAUACAAGACGCGGUAGACCAUGUGGAAUUCUUGCGGAGGGAGGUGCUAUACAGCCAGCAGCUGCACGAGGCGUUGACGGGCAUUCGAUACGUCAACGACCUGCUGGCCGAAGUGGAACAAGCAAUGAACGAGCGCCGCAUCCUGGACGCUCUGAGGUUACUUGAAAAGUCCUGGACCGAGCUUGAUAAUGUGCCUGUCAACAAGAAGAGCUGCAGAGUGAUGCGCCUUCUCGAUGUGCGCGCAUUCGAGCUCAAGUCUGCUGUACACAAAGUGUUCGACCAUGUCUGGAACACGUUGGUCCAUGUCGACAGCGAGACCAAGCGAUUGUCCAUUUACAGCCAACGAGAGACUGAGCAGAUGACGCUGAGUGAGGCCGUCAUUGGUUUGGAAGCCUACAAGGAGGUUGAUGACCGAAUGUCCCAGCUUUGGCAGGACAUUGACCGGGCUAUCGUCUCGCCUCGAAUGGAUGUGAGGGCACCGCAGCUGUUGGCGAUUCAGGCAAGCGAGAACGUCCUCGAGGCGCAAGGCGAGGCUGGACGAACGAUUGAUGAUCUUUUUGCCGAUCUUCAAAAAGUCGUCGAAUUCCUAGCCAAACGAUUGCCACCAGACCUGUUGAUUUAUCUAAGCCCUAUCAUGAUGAGCGAUGUCGUCCCACGGCUGGUCAGCACGUGGCUGGACGCGGCGGUGCCCUCUUCACUGCGGGAUAUUGGACAAUUCCAGGCCGUCAUCAAAUCCGCGAGCGCGUUCUGCGCCGCGCUGGAGCAGAACGGCUUUUCAGGCUUUACAGAACUCAAGGAAUGGGUCGGCAAUGCUCCAUCAAUCUGGCUUGCUAAGUGCAGGGAAACGGCUCUGGAUGCAGUACGCAACAGGAUAUCAAGAGGCCAUGAGAACAACCCAGUGGUGGCGGCAGCGCCGGGGCUUUUCAGUCUGCCGACGUUGGCUCUGGCGAUGUUCCGGGCCGUUUCGCCACACUACUACGCUAUGGAAUUGGGCGGCAACAUGCUGCUGUACAACGACGCCAUGUAUCUGGCGGAGAGGUUAAGUGAGGUGGGCGCGAGGUGGAAGGCACGGGACGAUGUAACGCCGCGGGCACGCAACAUGCUGCGGAUCGACAACGACGUCAAGGGCUUGCAGGGGUUCGCCAACAGGGCGUACACGGGGGAGCUCAGCACGCAGAAGACGGUGCUCGGCGACCUCGUGGGCGGCGAGCAGAGCCUCAUGCAGCAGGACGAGAUGGACAGCUGCAUCGACUCGGCCAUGGCGCGGGUGCGGUCGAUGGCGGUGACGUGGGAGUCGAUUCUCGCGCGGUCGGUGUGGUACCAGGCGGUGGGCGCGCUCGUCGACAGGCUGGCGACCAAGAUUAUAGCGGACGUCAUGGACAUGGCGUCGGUGGGCCAGGACGAGGCGUACAAGAUUGCCCAGCUCAUCGCCAAGGUGACGGAGCUCGACGACCUCUUCCUGCCGUCGCGGUCAUGGUCGUCGGCGGCGGCAGCGACGACGGCGGGGGGCCGCGAGCAGACGGCGGCGGAUGCGGAGGAGAUCCCGGCGACGGCGCAGUACGCGUCUUCGUGGCUGCGGCUGAAGUACCUCAGCGAGGUGCUGCAGUCGAACCUCAACGAGGUCAAGUAUCUGUGGUGCGACAGCGAGCUGAGCCUGUACUUUUCGGCGGACGAGGUGGUGGAUCUCAUCGAGGCGAGUUUUGAAGCGAACGCGCGAACGAAGGAGACGAUCCGGGAGAUUCGGGAGCGGCCUCAGCCAGUGAUGACCUGA